AGGAAGCUUAGCUUAGAUCAGUCGGUGUCUCUCGGUGGGUCAGGGUAACCUCACCAGUCUAAAAAAAACACUUUUUACAACCAGAUACGGGAUCUCUCGGUAAAAAAUGGCCCCUAAAACCAUAAAAAUGGCUUUGUCCAACAUGCUGGCGGACCUGAAGAAGGAGGACUUGGCGAGGUUCUGCAGCCAGCUUGUGGACCGGAGAGAAGAGCCCCGAGUCAGGCGCAACAGGGUGGAGGGUAAAAGCUUCCUGGAGAUCGCAGAUGUCCUGGUUUCAACUUUUACCGAGGAGGGUGCUGUUGAUGUGGCUAAAGAGAUCCUGAACGACAUCGACUGCCAAAACGACGCAAAAGACCUCGAUGAAGAUACCAGGGAACUCCUUUCAAAAUCUGUUUCUACUGGCACUGCAAGUUCCCCCGCUGGAGCAGCUAGUGGAAAUACCAAGGCAGAUGAAAAGCACUUUGUGGAUAAACACAAGGUCCAGCUGAUCCAGAGAGUGAGCAACACUGAUUGCAUUUUGGAUGGGCUCUUUGACCACGAUGUCAUCCCACAAGAAGUUUAUGAUAGGAUCAGGGCUCUACCUACCAGUCAGGCGAGGGUGAGGGAGCUCUACUGUGGUCCCCUGAAAGCUGGUCAGGACUGCAAAAACGUCUUCUACCAACUUCUUGAGCAACAUGAGAAAUUUCUCGUGGACGACCUCAAGAAAAAUCACUAAAUGUUGUGGUGAAAUCCAUUUUUAAGACCAAACAUACACAGUCUACCUGAACCUUUCUCUGUGUCGUUUACAACAAAUUGCUGACAUUUCCCAUCAGGUUUCAGGAAUACAUGCAGCAAAUGUUUCAUAGAUAAUUAUGGAAGAAAUGAAUUAAGAAUCUGACCACACACUCCUUGUUUUAUAUUAUGAGCAUAAAUGGAAACAGAAAUCUUUUAAUGUUUGUAUGUCAGCUCACUUUUAUUAU